AUGCGCUUGCCUUCGGCCUAUUGUUAAGCAUUAUGUCUAAGCGACCACGUAGAGCCGAGGAGCGAAAAGAACUGGACCCGACAACGGUCCUGACUGUCGAGAAUGUGGAAAGGGAGGUCAACUACAGGCUUCCUUAUUUCCGGAAAGAUCGAAAGCCACCUGCAAUGGGCAGCGAGGGCGUUGUGGAGUUCGUAACUACAGGCCCUGCUGCCGCAGGCGAAGAGAUCCAGACGGCAGCCCGAAAAUAUAUCAAGCCAGACAUCUCUAAUGCUUCUACGACCGAUCCAAGAGGAGCGCGGGAACCUGUAACAUACGAAUUGGCGGAACUGGAGGUCUUGCAAGCCGUAUCCGAACGACAACACAUGCCUACUUUUCUCGGGGCUGUGGAUGACCAUGAGAAAAUUUACAUGUAUUACCGACCAUGGUGUCCUACCACAAUACGUGAUUGGUUGGAGCGACCGUUCAUCCCCAACAGCUCUGAACUCCCGACAAAGGCGUCAUUGCAAAAAUACGGUCAACAGCUAAUGCUCUGUCUAACAGUUGCUAUUCAUGAGCUCCAUACGCUGAAACCUCCUGUUCUCCACCGGGACAUCAAACCAGAAAACUUCUGCUUGACUGACGAGGGAAGGUUGGUUUGCGUGGAUUUUGGGGUAAGCCGACUUUGCAAAGACACAUCGGUUCGAAGGACAUACGCGGGUACGGUGAAAUACAUGGCGCCGGAAGUUGCGAAUGCCCAGCGUUACUCGCGCCCAGCUGAAGUUUUCUCCCUCGGCGCCGUGUUCUGCGAAAUUUUGUGCUUGAUGUCUGGCGUUCGUCCCGGUGCGGUCCUAGAUCCUUUGCUAAAGAAUGGCAAUUACUCCUCCGAACGAAUCAGAGAAAAGGCAUUGAGGUUUCUGGAAAUGCGGUGUAGAGAUAACGAGAAUUUGAAAGAUCUCUUAGUUAUAAUACGGGAAAUGCUGUCGACCAAUCCGCACGAUCGUCCGGAGGCUUGGAAAGUACACGACAGGCUGAGAUUAAUGCGUACAGACUAUACCUGCUGCCAGGAGGAGUUACCGGACGAAGAGGCUGAAGACAUUCCGAGUCCUCCGUCGGAGGAAGAUGAGGAAGCGUUGGCUAAUUAUAACGAAUUUGAAUGAUGUUACUAUUCGUUGGCUUUGGAUGAAAUUGCUGUAUGUGGGGAGGUUAAUCUGGAUGCGGAUGAUGCGUGACUGUACAGGAAGAUCCACUACAAUAACGUUUGUUCGAGAACAUUAUCGGAGCCCGACUCUGUCAACCCGUCCAUCAUAUUAUACAAGUCAUAUCACCCGAUUCUAUCUCCCCUUCCCGUCCCAAAUCGCCUAUGAAGAGCCUCCCUCAAAACAUCAUUCAUCGUCAACAAGAACCCAGCAGGUGGAACCGUCCGCACCAAAUUCGGUCCAACGCCCCUCCAAAAUGCGGCCAACCCCUCUUCCCUCCCGAUUCUCUUGCAUGCAUCUAGGACUCCUCGGUACUCAUCCGAAUUCUGUAAACGCGAUCGAAGAACCUGGUAGGGGUACGUUGUCACCCCUGAUACAAAACGAGCAGUCGUCGAGGCCAGGACCAGGGAGGUUGGAUGUGGUGGCAAGGAAGCUUUGAGCCGUUCGUAGACUGUAAAUUGGAUGCAGCCUUCUGAGACGCCAAACAGAGCGGGAAGUGUCCCUUUCCAGAGCGUCUUGACUCUAGAUGGGAGGCGGGUCAUUCUUGAUGAUGGAUGAUGUACAAUGGAUCUGAAUGUGUCGAGCAUGGAUGGGUUCUUGCCCGGUGGUGCAGUGACCAUUCGAAGUUUAAGCACUUGAAGCGGAUUAAAUACCAAUGUACAGAGCGCUCCAGAUAUGGCUGCCCCAGCAAGGUUGGCCGCGGGUGGGAUCUCCUCUGGCCGACAUUCAGGGGGAAGAGAGUCGUGUGCCACUUCUUGAACAACUUGUUGGACAGGGACGCCGUCGGUAAUCUCUUUCAAGUGGUGCGAGAUGUGAUGUUGGCCAGAACGAUCAGCGGCCGAUGAUAGGAACUCGGUGUAAAUGACAUGUCGUGCGAAAUCAAAUGCACAAUAAUAACAUGCCCAUCCAAGCGUCGCCUGUAUCAAUGCAGGUGGAAACCCCCUGUACAGCGCACUAAUCGUAACAAGAAAAGAAUCAACCAUUGCGUCCAUUAUGCUUGAACCUCCACUCCUUGACUCUCACCGCAGGCCUUCCUCCUUUCGAAUCCUUCUGAGGGCAUCGAUCAACCCCUUAUAAACUCGCUUCUGGACUUGCAGUCGCAAUUCGACGACUUCAAGUGGAUAAAACGCGAUGAAUGUCGCCAGACCCGAUAGGAAGGUGGAAAUGAUGUUUAUCUGAGUGUGCGAUAGUUUUCUUGCGCUGUUUUUUUACAUUACGUGAAAGAUCUUGUCGUCAAUUUGGCUGUCUUGAUGGAACCAUCGGUACUGGCCUUUUUAGUGAGGGGAUCGUACCUACUUUGGGUUAUCCAUUGCUGUAAUUUAAUAAUGCCGGAACAAAGAACCUGUCCAACCUG